AUGUCCUGCCGCUCCUUUCGGGUCAGCUCUGGCUGCCGUGUUGGCAACUUCAGUUCCUGCUCAGCAGUGGUCCCCCAGAAUCUGAACCGUUACCAGACCAGCUCUGUCUCCUGCCGAAGCGGUGUCAGCUUCCGGGGCUUGGGUGGUUUUGGGAGCCGGAGUCUGUGCAAUCUUGGAUCCUAUUCACCCCGAAGGGUGGCAGUGAGCUCUUACCCUAUCCAUUCUGGGAUUGGUUUUAGAUCUGGUGGCAGGAUUGGUUUUGGGACUGGCUUUGGAUUUGGACCUAGCAGUGGGUCCUGCUUUGGCGCUGGAAGUGGCAUUGGCUUUGGCGCUGGAAGUGGCAUUGGCUUUGGCGCUGGAAGUGGCAUUGGCUUGGGGCCUUGUGGUAGUGUUGGCUAUGGGUUUGGCAGACCUGGUUUUGGAUAUAGAGUUGGUGGAAUUGGAGGCCCAGCUGCCCCUUCCAUCACAAAUGUGACUGUCAACCCAAGCCUGCUGACACCUCUCAACCUAGAGAUUGACCCCAAUGUUCAGAGGGUGAAGAAAGAUGAGAAGGAGCAGAUCAAGACUCUGAAUAACAAAUUCGCUUCAUUCAUUGACAAGGUUCGGUUCCUAGAACAGCAAAAUAAGCUCCUAGAAACGAAGUGGAGCUUCCUCCAAGACCAGAAAUGUGUCAGGAGCAACCUGGAACCACUUUUUGAGAACUACAUCAACAACCUGAGGCGGCAGCUGGAAGUGGUCACCAGUGACCGGGGCCGGUUGGAAGCCGAGAGGAACCACAUGCAGGAUGUCCUGGAGGGCUUCAAGAAGAAGUAUGAAGAGGAGGUAGCAUUACGAGCCAAUGCAGAGAAUGAGUUUGUGGCUCUGAAGAAGGAUGUGGAUGCAGCUUACUUAAACAAGUCUGACCUGGAGGCCAAUGUGGAAGCUUUAAUCGAGGAGACCGAAUUCCUGAAAACUCUGUAUGAGAAGGAGAUCGAGAUACUCAAUUCCCACAUCUCAGAAACAUCUGUCAUUGUGAAAAUGGACAACAGCAGAGACCUGGACUUGGAUGGUAUAGUCGCUGAAAUCAAGGCUCAGUAUGAGGAGAUUGCCAGACGAAGCCGGGCCGAUGCUGAGGCCUGGUACCAGACUAAGUAUGAGGAAAUGCGAGUAACGGCAGGCGUGCACUGUGAUAACCUCCGGAGCACACGUGAUGAGAUCAAGGAGCUAAACCGCCUGAUUCAGAGGCUGAAAGCUGAGAUUGAGCAUGCCAAGGCACAGCGUGCCAAGUUAGAGGCUGCUGUUGCUGAGGCUGAGCAGCAGGGAGAGGCUGCUCUCAAUGAUGCCAAAUGCAAGCUGGCCGAACUAGAGGGGGCUUUGCAGCAAGCCAAGCAGGACAUGGCCCGUCAGCUUCGUGAGUACCAGGAACUGAUGAAUGUCAAACUGGCCUUGGAUGUCGAGAUCACCGCCUACAGGAAACUCCUUGAAGGUGAAGAGAACAGGAUCUGUGAAGGUGUUGGACCAGUGAACAUAUCUGUGAGCAGUUCCAGAGGUGGUGUGAUAUGUGGCUCAGAGCCAUUUGUCUCCAGCUCUCCCUAUGCCCGAGGUGGGGCUGGCUUCUCUGGGAGCAGCAACAUCCGUACCUCCAGCGGGUUCCCGAGUUCUGGGGGAGCCUGGAGUUCUGGAGGUUCCUGUGGCACGGGCCUGAGUCGGGGAUCUAGGAUUUCAACUACGAGUGGGGAUGCGGUGGUCACCAGCGGAGGGAGCACCAUGAUCACUGGCGAGACCUGUGCCCCCUGCAAUCCCUGUCUCCCCACUCAGGGCUUCAGCAGCAGCAGUGGCAGCCGAAGUGGCCGCAGCUCCAGCGUCCACUUUGUCUCCACUACCUCAUCCCGCCGGAACAAGUAUUGA